UGUGAAAAUUUAAGUUGCACUUAUGGCCAUGGGCUUGAAAGCGUUUGUUUUAUUUUUGUUCUAAGUAAAUGAUGACAGACGAGGAUGAUUAUGUUGAUGGCAUUCAUGAGAGGAGUGAACUAUUUAGAUAUUUCAAGGAAAUUGGGAUUGUGGAUUCUGAAGAAUUAAAUGGAAGUAUUAUAUUUGCUGGUGACUUGAAUGAGGAUAAGCCAACAUAUUUUUCUGCAGCUUAUCAGUGGCAGAGUCAGGCCUGGGUGUAUUUGAGAAAUUUGUUCAACUGUGAGGAUGAUUCUGAUCUUCAUGAGGCCAUAAAAAGAAUUUUGGAAUCCAUGUUGAUGAUAAGAGAAGAUAGUUACCAUGUGGAACACAUUAUGUCCCAAGCAGAGCUUGUGCAAUUUCGUAACAGAUCAUCUCCAUUGAAGCAUUACUUACCUCAUCUGCUGCUUUUAACCAUCUGUAUCUUCUAUGGGUUGUCUAUAGAGUUAAUGUGUGCAGCAUGCAUCUUCCUGGCCAUGGUUUUUAUCAUCAGUAAAAUUUGGCACAAGUUUCAUGAUUUGGUUAUGAAGAGAAAUUUGAAGAAAUUAAGACAGCUUCUAUUCUUGCAAAAUGAGGUGAUCCAACAGAUGAAAAAAUCACUCUGUCUGUUACGCGCUAGAUCACCUACUGCAACAGACCGAACAAUUUCUUCCAGGGGGUCCAUAUUGCAUUCAAGCUGUAUUGAUAAAAGUGCCUUUGUGGAAGAGUUCAGCACAAUUCCCAUGCUGCGUAAUUGUCUCCUGGAAACUGUUUUAAAUAUGACAAAAUACAUGCAUUCAGUGACGAAAAAUAUGAUAGAAACAGUACCUUUGCUCUCUCAAGCUGAUCCCAUUCAAGGUUACCUCUGCAGUUCUGACUGGUGUGAUUUAGAACUACAAGACAUUUUCCCAAACUGUGAUGAGAAUGUUUCUAUUCAAUAUUUACAGAGAGAGUAACUGUCAACACUGUGUCGCUCUGAGGAAGUACUCGUGUGUUGCUGGACAAGCAGUGCUAUGCAUGUCGCGUGUGUCUGCUCAAUAUAUGGUGACUUGCCCGCAACACGGUCUAGUGCUGCUCCAGGAUAGAGCGAUGUGACAUGACAUUUUUGCUGUCGUGGUUUGUGGCCUGGCCCUGUGACUUAGAGUUACAGUCACGACCGCUACAAGCGACAUGGCUGUCGCCGCUACAUUAAAUAUUCCCCAUCCCUGCAGAAGCCAUGACUGAAAACUAUUACUUUGAUUUCUCACGUAAAAGACCGGAGGCUCUAUUGCAUAAUAAAACCAAAACAUUAUGAUGAACAUGGAAAUAACUAGACCAGCGGAUGGUGCCACAAGACAAGUGUAUGAUGCAGUGAUAAAUGCAGGAUUUCACGCAGUUAAAAUCAGAAAUCCCUUGCUGCAUGCAGUGCAAACUGCCCAUGCUCGUUAUGUGAAUAACAGGGAGGAAAUAAGAAAAAGUGACCUAUUGCAAUUAAAUGCAGCAAAAGAGAAAAAUGUAGGGUUAAAGAGAUGAGGGAGUUCGAGACAAAAAGAAUCAAACUGCUCAUUGAAGCUAAGAAAGAGGUAGAAUUAAUUGAUGAGCACAUAAAAGCACUAUCAAAUGACUAAAUUUAGUAAUAUGUAGUAGUAGUAGCAAUUUUUUAAACUUGUAAUUUAUUAGCAAAAUAUUUUCUUAAACAAUAUAUUGUGUAUACAUAAGUUGUGUAUAACUCAAGAUUCUAUUCCUUGGAAGUGAGUGACUGAAAUGUUUUUAAAUGUUGUUAUGUGGAAUGUAAAAUCACAAAAACUGUGAAAAAUAUUUGGAUGCUUUAAAACUAACUUUUAAAAUUAAAUUUUCUUAAAAUGGAAUUCAUCAUAUGUAAAAGUAGGUAUGUCCCAAAAUAUAGUUAACAAUUUUAACUCUUCAAUUUAUUAAUUUUUAGAAAAUAAAUUAAGGUGCUUGUUUUACUCAUAAUGACUUCUUGAAUCAUCUUAUAUAGUGGCAAGAAGCAGGCAUUCCUAAGAGAUUAAAAAUAAGAGAAAUUCUUACAGUUGUUUUGUAUGUAAUAUAUGUAUGACAUCAAUGAUGAAACUGGUUUGUUAAAUUUAUUAGUGUCCAACUUUUUUUUCUUCAGUGGGAUGUGUUUUUAAAUAAUGGAAGGCAAAAACCUGGAAUUUUUAAAUUUAGAGCCUUUAAAACCUGGAAAUAACCAGGAAUUUUGAAUUCCUUGUAGAGUUGCCACCCUGAACAAGGACAGCAUUUACAGUAGUCAGUGUGUGUAAAAAAAGAGAGAGCAAACUGCUCAUUUACUUCCACACUGCAGUCUAAAAGUGGAAUGUACUAUAGACAGUAAGAAACUGCUUUAAGUGAUAUCCCAUAGAGAGUAUACUAAAGCGUGAUCCCGUUCUUUCAUUCCCAGUUCAUGUGUACAAUUUUUUUUCAACAGUUGAUUUAAAAAAUGCUGAGACAAGCAAGAAUGUACUGUAAUUGCUAUGUGCUUGUAGCAGUAAGAGAUGGCAGGGGUGUGAGGGGGGAAAGCUCCACUUCAACAUUGGCAAUGAUGGAGUGCAGGUUACAUGCCUCUUUAGCACUUGUGUGUGAUUUGCUGUUUUUAAGUCUUUCUCUCUUAAAAUUGGGAGCACUUUGCACAGUAUAUUCAUUGGCAUUUUCUUUCACUUUGUUGUAAUGUACAUCCCUAUACAGUUGAAGGUCUUUAUCCAGCAUCAUAUGGUUCGGCAUGUUCUUUAGUCUGGCAACAAUCAAGCCACUUGCAUCCAGAUAUUUUCGGGUGGAUUCCAGCUGUUGACCCUUGCUGCCAAGUCACAUUACUGCACUUCCAGCAUUUUUAGUUUGCUCAGACUUCAUUGUUGUUGUCAGUUUUUAUUUUAGUACAGUGUUUCCUGUUUUAUAGCUGGUUACAUUUCAAAUUAUUCAUUUGGUCUUCCCAUUAAAAGUAUAUUGAUGUUCAAUGACUUGGCAAAAUCGCUAACAGGGCAUGACAGUGGUCCUAAUCAUGCUGGAUUAAAGACCUUUUACUCUAUAGGGGUUAAAGGAAUUAGUGAAGAUAAAGAUACAUAAGUAUAUGUUUUAUUUAUAGUUGUGCAUUAUUGCAAAGUUGUUAACCUUCCAUAGAAAAAGUUUUUUAUUAAAAAUUUUUCUUUAAUGCAAAUUGUGUCAGGAUGACGCAUUAAUUUUUGACACCCCCAUAAAAAUUCAAUGUGAAAAUGUAGUUAUAAUUAUUUUUUCUAAAGAGAAUGUUGAAGAAUCUGAUCCAUGAAAAU